AUGGCGACACGGUCCGCCGUUGGCCAUGGCGACAUCAGGAACAAGCCUUCCGCUUACGCGGUCACUGGCCCUUCACCGCAACCACAAGCCCCCUCUCCCCUCCCCCCAGUGGGCUAUGUUUGUACUAGCACGCUGCUGGUCAGUGGCUAG